AUGGGUGGAAUUCAUCAUCCGGAAGCUAAUACUCAAGAAUUAUCGAAACCGGAAGCUAAAGGUCGAGAAUUAUCGAAACCGGAAGCUGAAGGUCGAGAAAUAUCUCAUCCGGAAGCUGAAGGUCGAGAAAUAUUUCAUCCGGAAGGUAAAGGUCGAGAAAAAUCUCAUCCGGAAGCAAAAGGUCGAGAAUUAUCGAAAUCGGAAGCUGAAGGUCGAGAAAUAUCUCAUCCGGAAGCUGAAGGUCGAGAAAUAUUUCAUCCGGAAGCUAAAGGUCGAGAAAAAUCUCAUCCGGAAACUAAAGGUCGAGAAAUAUCUCAUCCGGAAGCUAAAGGUCGAGGAAAAUCUCAUCCGGAAGCUAAAUAUGGGGAAAAAUUUCAUCCGGAAGCUAAAGGUCGAGAAGUAUCGAAACCGGAAGCUAAAGGUCGAGAAUUAUCGAAACCGGAAGCUAAAGGUCGAGAAAAAUCUCAUCCGGAAACUAAAGGUGGGAAAAAAUUUCAUCCGGAAGCUAAAGGUCGAGAAGUAUCGGAACCGGAAGCUAAAGGUCGAGGAAAAUUUUAUCCGGAAGCCAAAGGUCGAGAAAUAUCUCAUCCGGAAGCUAAAGGUCGAGGAAAAUUUCAUCCGGAAGCUAAAGGUGGGAAAAAAUCUCAUCCGGAAGCUAAAGGUCGAGGAAAAUUUUAUCCGGAAGCCAAAGGUUGA